AUGGAUUAUGAUAACAUGGAUUUUACCAAUUACACCAAUGAGCAAAUAGGGGAAAUGAUUAAAACACAAGGUUUGGAAAAUAUUACUUACGAGGAGCUGAUAGCCAAAAAGAAUAAGAGAAUAAAAGAAUUCUAUGAAUAAGAUUCGAAACUGCAAGAGGCUAUGUUGAGACAUUGGUUGUUGAAGAGGAAAAAUAAGCAUUUGAUUGACUUCAAUGACAAGGAGCGUUCUCAAUUGAAAUAGUACUUCAACUCUUUGGAUGAGGAUGGAUCGAAAUCUAUUGGUAUAGAUGAAUUAGAGGAGCCAUUAAUCUCGUUGGGCAUAGCCGAAUCACGUGAGGAUGUUAAGAAACUCAUUUAUACAGUUGAUGAUGAUGGGUCUAUUGAAUUUAAAGAAUUCUUGGAGAUUAUAAAAAAUAAAAACGGAGAUGGCAAAAGCAAUUCGAAGGAGACAAUGGUGAUUGAUUUUUUUAAAGACAUGAUAAAUGGGCGUUUGGGACAUGGGAGCAAUCAGCCAAUCAAUAAGAAUCUGCCUUUCAGUUUGAUCAUAAGUACAAUCAGGAGGUAGAAGUUGCUGGAUGCAUUGAUGGCGAAUGAUCCAAAAAAGAAGGAGGAAGGAGAGAAGGUAAUGAAAGCAUAUGGAAAAUUGAUUUCGCAAAGAAGGGCUUAAAAAAAUGAUGGUUCAAUUUAAGGUUCCAAAAAGAGGAUAUGAAUUAAUUACAUAGGAACCUUUUUUUGUGUUAUUAAUUAAUUUCUA